AUGAGCCCUCCACAGAUUGUUACAAUUCCCACUCCCGUUGACCUACAGAAUGACCAGCAAAAAGGUCCACCGGGAGACUUGGAAUCUGUUGCCAUGGAUGAAAAGAAGAUAGAGACACCCGCCUAUAUGCAAGAUGCCUUUGGUGACGAGGAGUUUGCCGAAGUCAAGUACAAGGUGUUGAAGUGGUGGCAAUGUGGGCUACUCAUGGUGGCCGAAACGGUAUCCCUGGGUGUUUUGUCGUUACCCGCUGCCGUGGCAGGGUUGGGCCUGGUUCCUGCCAUCGUUGUUUUGAUUUGCUUGGGUAUAUUGGCUACAUAUACUGGAUAUGUGAUCGGCCAGUUUAAAUGGAAAUAUCCGCACAUUUCCAACAUGGCGGACGCUGGUGAGGUGCUCGCUGGCCGAUGGGGGCGAGAACUGCUAGGCAUUGGCCAGAUGUUGUUUCUGGUCUUCAUCAUGGCUAGUCACUUGCUUACCUUUACUAUUGCUAUGAACAAACUCACCGACCAUGGGACAUGUUCAAUUGUGUUCGGUGUAGUUGGCAUGAUCGUUUCGUUCAUUCUUUCAUUGCCACGUACACUGGCCAAGAUGUCGUGGCUCUCACUCGUUUCUUUCAUCAGUAUCCUUUCGGCAGUCAUUAUUGCCAUGAUUGGCGUGGGGAUCCUGCACCCUGGAAAUAAAGUCGAAGCUGUCGUUGAAACGGAUUUGGUCCACGGUUUCACCGCCGUUACCAACAUUGUGUUUGCAUUCUCUGGACAUGCCGCGUUCUUCGGUCUCGCAGCUGAAUUGAAAGACUCCCGCGACUUCCCCAAGGCCCUGUGUCUCCUACAAGGUGUCGAUAUCAGCUUGUAUUUGAUAGCCGCAGUUGUCAUCUACCGCUAUGGUGGUGCCAGUGUUGCCUCUCCUGCACUUGGGUCCGCCAGCCCUAUUGUGUCCAAGGUAGCCUACGGCAUUGCUCUACCAACAAUCAUCAUCGCUGGUGUCAUCAACGGCCACAUCGCCUUCAAAUACGUCUACAUCCGUAUCUUCCGCGGGACCGACCGCAUGCAUAAACGAGACUGGAUAGCCAUCGGCUCCUGGGUAGGCAUCGGUCUGACCCUGUGGGUCCUCGCCUGGAUCAUCGCCGAGGCCAUCCCCGUCUUCAGUAACCUGCUGAGUCUGAUCACGGCCCUGUUCGCCUCGUGGUUCACCUUCGGCCUUAGCGGGAUGUUCUGGCUGUACAUGAACAGAGGCCUGUAUUUUUCUUCGCCGAGGAAGAUUUUCCUGACCGGUCUCAAUAUUUUUAAUGUGGCGGUCGGGGCUAUUCUGUGCGGUCUCGGCCUCUACGUCUCUGGAAAGGCCAUCCACGAUGAUCCUAGCAGUGCUAGUUUCUCUUGUGCGAAUAAUGCCUAG